AUGGUGGACUCGAUGUCCACGAAGCCCAAGGAGCACCCGACGCUCGUUUCGGAGUUCGUCGAGUCGACGGUCACCAUCAUUUCGCUGGUCAAUAGUGGCGAGUUGAACAUGAGGGUCGGCAAGAGGGUGAGGAUGACCGUCGAGUCGAUUAUCCAGAGCAGGAGGAAGCAGGUCAUCAAACUCUAUGAACAGGAGGGCAUCCUCGCUAAAAUGAAAUUCAAAGCCAUACCGCUUCAGAAGUACUUGAAGGACAACCCCGAGGCCGACGUGAAGGAAGACGGGCUCAUCAUCAGGCAGUGCAAGCUGCCCGGCUUUACCUCAUUGGUGGAGUGCGUAUUGCUGAGGAAAGGUGACGAAGGUGUCUUUGACUUGGAGCUGACCUCUGCCCAGCUCAUGUCGAAGGAAGAGACCCUCGACGACGGGUCGGCGCUGAUCCGCCAAGACCAGAUCGACAAGCGCUUCAGGAACCUCGGCGAGAAGGUCAUGCAGCCGUUGAUGAAGGCUGCAGAGAAGGCCACGCAGUACAAGCCAGAUUCCGAGGGCGAGGCCGGGAGGAGGCCGCGCGGCCGACCCCCGAAAGCUAUCAACCCAGAAGAGUUGCUGCAAGAGGAGGGCCACUACGAGAACAUGGAAAAGUUCGACACUCAUGUCAGCGCUAUUAUGGACAUCUGCGGCGGGAGCCAGGUCAUGUUCGCGGUGCCCGACGAGAUGGCGAAAUGCAUCACCAAGGCCAAAGCUGUCGUCAACAACCUUGACAAAUGCGCCAAUCAUGCGAACGCCAUCGAGAAGAAGCACGGAAAGAAGCACAGUGCCCCAGAAGAGAUGAAGGAACUCUUGGCUUCAUCAAAGAGAAAGACAAGGAACAUGACAAACUUCAUUCAGGAGUUCACGAAAAAGAAGAGAGACUUCGAGAAGCUUCGCGAGUUGCUGUCGGAGUUGAACACGGACAAAGUGUCGGUCCCUCCUUUGUUCAAGGUCGUCGUGUUCGUCAAUUGUGUCUGCAAUUUCGGGGUCUUCAAGCAGUUCGAUCAGCUUCGAGAGGUCAUGGGCUCUUUCACUCUUGAUGGCGAUGACUUCCUUCUGCAUAGGAAGCCAGCGGAAAGGGGUGAGAUUAUCUCGAUGGUUAUCGAGACGACCAUGCCACGGAUUUUCCAAGCGCUGCCUUCUGCCGCAUCUUUUGAGCAGGGCCUCGAUGUGCUAAAUGCAAUUCAUGGGUACCUCGAGGUGGUGAGGAAACUCGAACCACUCAACAUAGAGUUGGAAGAGCACCUGAAGUACUUGGCUGACGCUACGGGGCAAGGAGCGGAUCCUGAUGACCUCGUGAUGAGCGAUGCGAUCGACGCGCUAGACGCCGUAGCUGCGGACGACGACUCAGAGAGCGCACUGAAGGCCAGCUUAGUCCUGAAGCAGUGGACGUCCUUGAAGGAACACAUGGAGACGAUCAAAGAGGCGAGAAGGAAGGCAGUUGGACCAGUGCAGCUCCUCCCGAAGGUGGUCUCGAUGGCCCGCGACUUCAUGCAGAGUCCGCCGGUGCGCAGGAAUCCCGACGUCUUCGGUCAGAAAAUCACGUCCGCCCUCGCGCGUGCCCUGGACCGCUUGGCCCAGGACGACUUCAACUCCGAGGCUUCGAAGGCUCUCGCGAUGUUCGCCCGCAAGUGCACGGAGAUCAUCAAUGACGUGACGAAGAGCAUUGCCGCGGACUGGGCCGCGAAGAAGCUGGAUAUCUUCAUCUCUGCGAAGGACAAGGCUGGCGGCGAGGACUGGCGCAACGAAGUGACGGCCCUCGACAAGCUGAUGAGGCCGCUGUACCUGGGCUUCGUCAAAUUCGAGGGUCUAGGCCUCCUCCGCCCCGUCCACCUUCAGAAGCUGUCGAAGAAAGCCGCAGAGGAGGUCAAUGAAUGUAAGAAGGUCGUCAUUGGGAGGAUGAGGCUUAUUACAACGAUGGUCGAGAUCUGCAACACGGACUUCGAUGUCAUGGAAGCGCUCCACAAGAUGGAGGACGCCGACCCUGACCUCGCGCCUCUGCUCAUCGAGAAGUUUCACGCUGCAGAGCUCGCGAUGCGGAACCUGCCAGAGCCCGCAGAGAUCCCAGAGGAGUUCGUCAAGAAGCAGAAAGCGUUCGAACUUGCUUUCGGUCCCCGGCGCAUUGCGAUGACCCAGCUGGAUGACCUGGGCGAGAAGCUCGGAGAAGCGUUCAAGACCAUGCUGAAUGUCGGGCCCGAGGAGGAUGACCACGACGUGAAGACGGCAUCCAACACCGCCAACGGUCUCCACAACAAGAUUGUGAAGCUCAUGAGGUGGUCGCACGACAUUCCCAAGUGGGAGAGAACCAUGGAGCUCCUCCUUGCUACGACGACGUGUGUCCGGGCGGCUACCUUCUUCAAGAUGCUGCGCGAUGACCCCGACUCCGCCAAGGCGGACCAGAAGGUUGGGGACAUCCGUGCAGCGCUCGGCCUCCUGACUGAAAAGGCGGAGCAGUGUAUCGACAUCUGGGGCACCUACGCGGAUGAUGAAGCUCUUACCUGCUUUGCUGGGUGGGUGGCAAAUUUCCACAACGCUCUGAAGGCGCAAACCGACAUCGUCGUCGAGAUGGCCAAGACGGAGUCGGAUGAGCUUGCCGAGGAGCUUAAGGACGGCCUGGCCUCAUUCACCAUAGAGUCCACCCAGAAGGAGGCGAACAGUGCCAAGGAUCUGGUGGAAACUAUUUUCAAGAAGCUUAAGAAGCUCGAGGACAAGUUGAACCUCCUCGACGUCUCAAAGGAUUCCGUCCCCGGCUUCGCCCGCUGCACUUCUGAGAAGGAUCGGGCCCAGGAUAUCACCAUCGGCUGGGCCGCCACCACGAUCUUGGCGUUCAAGUCCGUUCGGGAGAAGGCGGCAGGUCUUCAGAGCCGCAUGCAGCUCGGGAAGAUCUAUCGCGAGAACUUGAAGGACGCGACGAAGGAGCGGUUGGAUAAGAUGAAGGUGAAUGAUGAGAUGCUCGCAGCCAUCCGCGAGAUUCUGAACAUCAAGGUGAGCGGCGGCGAAGUCGAGGAGGUACAGGGGGAGGGGGAGAAGCCGUCCAAGCGCGCGAAGGUCGCCGGCGGCAAGGGCGGCGGCAAGGGCGGCAGGGGCGGCGGCAAGGGCGGCAGGGGCGCUAAAGCCGCUUAG